GAAAUCAGUACCCUAUCGUUCACUGUGUGAAGACGCACCUGGUAUAUAGUGAACUUAAAACGGUGAGCGCCCGUAAAGUGCCAUUAUAGACUUUAUUCUACUUGGUUGUGUUUGCUUAUUUAGCCAUUUUAACUGCCCCGGCUAACACAGAGCUAACGGUAGUUGACGUUAGCGUAGCGCCGGUUAGCCUGAUGUUAACCCACGUGUCUGUAUAUUCUAAAUGUUUAUUUACCCACCUUAUAAUAACAUAUUUUAGAAGAAAAGAACACAAUAGCCAGGUAGUUUUAUUUCUGCUUGGUGCUGACUCGCCACUAAGAAAAAGUUGUGGUAAAAUGUGGCGUUAGUCACCGCUGUUACUGCAGUGCGGUGAGCCGUCGUUAGGUGGUGCUGUUUAGCUGCUGUUUGAGGUUGUACUAUGGACUACACCAAGGAAAAUGAGGAUGAGGAUGCUAAGGAAGGCAUCAAAGACGACCUUUAUUUUGUUGAGGACUACCAUAGUUCAGAAGGAGAGGGAGAGAUUGAGUUCAGUCACCAGAAACAUCACAGCAGCCGUAAACGAGCUGCACGGCUCAGCAGGGAAAGCUCCCCUCCUCUUGUCCUGGCGUUCAACAUCACCUCUGGACGGACUCUGCAGCUCAGCAGCCAGAGUACUACCUCUAGUGUGGACUCACAGGAUGAGCAGGAGGAAGAGGAGGAGGACAGUGAGCAGCCCAUCGAGGAUUGGAUGAUUGUGGAAGGAGAGGAUCAGGUGGGAGACACAAGCAUCCAGCUCAACUUGAGCUACUGGAACAGCUCUGAGGAAGACUCUGGAGAUGAAGAUCAGACUGUGGAAUCAGUGAAGGAUACCUGGGCUAUAUCAGAGAAAGACAAGUACGGUGCUGAUCAGUCUCUGCCCAGCCGCUACUUUGUGACAGGUCGCUCUUUGACCUGUAGCAUCUGCAACAGGACGGGACACCUCGCCAAAAGCUGCUACUACUACAAGCAGAAAUUUCCCACCUGUGUCCUAUGUGGCAUCCAGGGCCACAUCCAGAGGGACUGUCCCGGCCGCCCCUGCCCCCGCUGCGGACUGCCUUCCCAUGGCCUCAGGCCCUGUGAAAGGCCCCCGGUAUGGAAGCAGCACUGCCAUCGCUGUGGGAUGUUGGGGCACCUCUCUGAUGCCUGCCCUGAUACGUGGAGACAGUACCACUUAACAAUCCGGUUAGAGCUUCCAGUCAGGCCAUGGACAGUCCACACCCUUAAACAUAAGAAAUGCCCUGCUCAUUGUUACAACUGCUCUAAGAGGGGACAUUAUGGCUAUGAGUGCACUAAGAAGAGGAUGAUCAGUGGGACUUUUCCUUUACUGCCCUAUGUCUGCCACUAUGACCAAGUUGAGGACAUCCUCAAACAUUGCACCGGGAAGCAGAGAAGAGCCAAAGAACUUUUAAGUGCUGGUUCGCUCCCUCUCUCAGACCAGCAACACUUGUGUGAACUAACAGGCGAGAGCGGUGAGGACAAUCAGCCGGUCCAGGGGAGGAGCAGCACAAAGCAGGAGACAUGUAGCAGCGCCGGCAGGAGGAAGACGUGGCCAGAGAGGCGCAGAGAGAGACGGGAGGUGAAGAAGCUCAGGAGAGAGGCUCAAGCCAGACGAGAAGGGGGACUGCUGGGGAGAUCCCAGAACAACUUUGAUGAUGAAAUUUGCCAUGAAGACCCCUUCCAGUCUGCACUACACAGUCACAAGCAGUCCGCACCCCCUCCUCAGAAGAAGAUAAGGGAUGAGCCAGGUGGUCGGAGCAGGAAGAGCAGAGAAGCUGAGAGGUGGAAAAAGAGAGGAGGGAUGAAACGUGGGGAUUUAUAUCCCCAUGGUGACACUGACGUUGCCAGUCAAAACCUUCUUUCCCCAAAACAAAGAGUGCGCCACCGACGAAGAUAACGUGUCAUUGUUUGUAUUUAUUCUCAAGGACUAACAACUGUAACUGGACAACAAAGAUUGUUCAGUAUUUGUCUUUCAUUGAUUCCUUUAUUUAUUGUCAAUAAAAAAACUGUAGAAAAACAUAUACAGUUGAAGGUGCUCAUCUGUAGCGUAGCUGGUGUGAAUGUACUUUUGUACUUUAACCUUGUUCUGUAAGUACAUCUACUGUUAUAGUGGCUGGGUCGAGCCAAAUUUUUUGACAUUGAGUUUUAUUAAAAGUGAUU